UGAUAUUAGGAAUGAUUACUUGAACUGGAUGAACAGCAGGCUUCACCCGAUGUCCAGGAGGGAGAGUCCAAUCCUGUUCUGUGAGUAUCCAUUCUUGUUCGACCCUCAGGCCAAGACGCUGCUGCUCAGGUGUGACGCCACUCGGCAGGGCGAAUGUUUCCCAGACCACCCGGUCAUACGCACAUUCUGGGAAGUAUUUCACAAACUCUCCCUGGAGCAGAAGAAGUGGUUUUUGAAGUUCCUGACGGGCACUGACAGGGUUCCUAUUCUGGGCAUGAAGGCACUCACACCAAGUUGAUGAUCCAAAGCACAGCAGACGACAGCUUCCUUCCGGUCGCACACACCUGCAUCACACAACUCGACCUGCCAAAAUACAACACCAAAGAGAAGCUGAAAUACAAACUUCUACAGGCCGUACAGCAGAGUGAAGGGUUCGGCCUGGUGUGAGGGGGUGUUGAAGGGUGUGAGGGGGUCAGGGGGAGGCUGUGUGAGUUGGAUAAGAGUGACCUUGUGUGUGGGAGGAAGUGCCUGUUAAGAAAAUAGAAUAUAUAGAAAUUAAUAGAAAAUAUAUGUAAUAGUUUACAGAAUUAUUAUUAUUAUUAUUAUUAUUAUUAUUAUUAUCAAAUUGAGUAUAUUUUUUAGUCUUGUUACAAAAAAAAAUGAGUGAAAUAAAGAAAAUGAAAAAGGUAA